ACGAGUAGUUACGAAUGUGCAUGAAUGAUUUUUCCGGUAUCGAUGUUACGACGAUCGCCAGAAAAUAUACAUACAAUACUCAAGUAACUAAAGGCGACAAAACCCUUUCACCAAUUUUGAUAAUCAAGUCUCUUUUGUACGAUCCCCACUUUGAGUAUCAUGAUCAUGUGUUUUUGUGAAGCACUAUGAAGUAAGAAAAGCGAAAACGAAAACAGGGGGAUACAGCUUUUUGAGUAAAGAUUUAUACGUCUAAAAUGUUCCACCUGAAUCCAGCAGAUGUGGUCAAACAGACUCGCUACCAACUGGCCACAUACAUCCACAGUCGUAUGGUAGAAGAUGGGAUUCAAAGUCCUCCGAGCGUGGAUGAAUUACUGGAUUCUCAAUACCCACGUUACCUUGUCGAUCAUCCGUUUGUGGACAUAGCUAAAACGGCUCAACCUAGUCCCGAUGAAUUCAGAGAGCUUCAUAGGAUCAUGGAGCGAAUUCCCCACGACGCAGAAAAAACUACUAUUUGCCAAGUUAUACAAAACGUGUUCAACGACAAUGUCAUCAGCUGGGGUAGACUUUCAGCCAUCUUCUAUUUUGCCUACAAGAUGUCAGUCAGGGACCAGUAUAACGUAGCCAGAAUCCGUUGCAUCAUCGAGGCUGUGGUGGAAUCCAAGAAAGAUGAAGUCACUCAAUGGAUUAUUGACAACGGGGGCUGGGAUCAAGUUGCAGCGAUGUUCGCUCCAAUACGAGUUUAUGCAAUGGUGAAGGAUCGCUUGAAGCACUGCAGCAAACACAUGCUGUUUGUUCUUGGAGCUGGUGGUGCUGUGUGUGGAAUCGUGUAUCUCUGGAACAGAAUGAAAGAAUAAUUUCUUGCGAUAUGUAUUUCCGGAGACAACCACGUCAUAAGCACUCCUGACUACCCCUGUGACAAAUAGUCACAUUAAUGUAAAUGUAUAUUCAUCAAAAGAGUAUAACCUAUUGUGACAGAACGUAAUGCCUUGUUUCAGUAUACAUGUAUAUGUUAUUUCUUGCCUUCUCAAUGCCUCUUUCAUACUGUUAUCUUCAUAAACCAUCCAAAUAUAUCAAAUACAAAGUGUUCUUGUUUCUAACUUCUGUGA